UUUGCACUUUUGUCUGUUACCUCAUGGUGCUCUGUUGAUGGUGACUUCGACUAUGAACAAUUCUGGCGGAUCAUCAUGGACUUUUUUGAAAGGGCUCCUGGUCGUGCAGCACAGCGCAGGAUUGACCUUCUCCUUGAAUGGUGGACUAGGUUUGUC